AUGGAAAAGUCUAGUAUUGAUUUGAAUCGUGAAACAUCAUCGACAUCUGUCUCUGAAACCCAACCUGAACAUGAUGUUGAAGGGUUGGAAAAUGUAGUUCUACACAAUGAAGAUGAAUCAAGGCCUAAAGGUAAAGUCAAAUUGAGCAAGAAAGUCACUAUACUUCUAAUAAGUGGAUGGCUUAAUACAUCUAAGGAUGCCAUUGUGAGGAAUGACCAAACUUCUACACAUUUCUGGGCUCGGAUUGCAGAAUACUACAACACCAACCAAAAAGGCGAGCAAGCAAGAACUAGAAGGCAAUGCAAAGAUCAUUGGAACAAGAUGAAUCAAAAGGUGGCACGUUUCAAUGGGUGUUAUAAACGAGUACAACAAGCACAUCACAGUGGUUGGUCUGAUGAGCAAAUUCUUGAGAAUGCACAUCAAUUGUACAAAUCUGAAAAUAGCAACUCAAAUUUUCAGCUUGUGGAUUGUUGGAGAUUGCUAAAGGAUGAGUUGGAAUGGAAUACAAUGUACCAACCAAAAGGUGGUAAGAGAACAAAGGUGUCAGAAUCAGGGACAUUUACUUCUUCUUCCAAUGCAGAUAUCAGUGAUGAUGAAAUUAGUGAACUGAAAGCAUCUGCAUUGGAGAAAUUGGUGGCGAUAAAGGAGAAAGAGGCUAAAGAUAAUAGGAUGACAAAAUACAUGGAUUAUCUCAUCGUGGACACGUCACAUAUGACUCUGAACAAAAGAUCAUGA